AUGGGAGAAGAGAAUCCGCAAGAUGGACUCUCAUCGCGAAUCGCCCGCCUUGUCCAUACGCAUUUCGAUGCGCUGCCCGCGCGCAGUAAACCGAUUGUCCGCGAUGAUGGCACCAGAGAGUGGAUUCCGAUGGCGGGGAUGGUGAUUGUCAGGGGCGAAAAUACGACGGAGGAAGAAUUGACUUGUGUGGCGGUUACAUCAGGCGCCAAAUGUCUCGCAGCCUCCCAGCUUCCAAAUUGCAAGGGUCUCGUUCUCCAUGACUGGCACGCCGAGGUGCUCGCUCUCCGGGCUUUUAACUACUGGGUUUUGUCGGAGGUGAGGGGGUUUCUGUUGGGUGAGGAACGCGCUGCUGCUGCUGCUGGUGCUGCUGCAGUCACCGAAAGCUCAUCGCCAUCGCCAUCGCGGUUCAUCCGUCGUCGACACCUCCAGCAGCAACAGCAACCCGACCAACCCCCCUUCGAACUCCACCCGGACCUCAAAGUCUACAUGUGCUGCACCUGCGCGCCCUGCGGCGACGCAAGCAUGGAGCUCACCAUGGCGGCGCAGGAGGAUCCCACGCCAUGGGUGGAGGAUUCCUCUCCUUCAGAACCAGUAUCAUUGUCAGGACCACUACCAGCUUCAGAGGAACCCAAUUUUAUACAAACAACGACAAGGGCACCAGCCGCUGCCCUAUCUUCGACACCCAACCCUCCACCUCACACAACUGCUACAAGUACAGCACCACCACCACCACCACCACCAACAGAUCCCUCCUCAUCAGCAUCGACCAAACCCCCAACAACCCUCCUCGACGGCCGCGGCCACUUCUCGAAGCUCGGCAUCGUCCGCCGCAAACCAGCCCGCGCCGACGCCGACUCCACCAAAAGCAAAUCCUGCUCCGACAAGCUCGCCCUCCGCCAGGUCUCGUCCCUGCUAUCCCCGGAGACGGCGCUGUUGGUCCGCGUCACGGCCAGCGCGUAUCUGGCUGGGGUGGUGUUGCCCGAGACAGAGAUAAGUAAAGUAGGGUGUGAGAGGGCGUUUGGGAGGGAGGGGAGGAUGAAGGGGCUGGUCGGGGGGUAUCUUGCUCCUUGUUUGGCUUCUUCAUCUGAAGGUCGAGAAGUAGAAGAAGAGCAGCGGGAGAAGGAGGACGGGGGGGAUGCUUCCGGCUACCGAUUCCACCCCUUCGAGAUCCUCUCCAUCCCCUCUGCACUGGCCAACUCCCUGUGGCAGUACGGCAAGCCCCGGGACUCGCCGCAGACCGCUGCCACGGGUACCACAAAAUACAAGCCGGGGACCAUCUCGGCCGUGUGGGUGGCCGCGCCCUCCGUUGGGGCCGAUCAGCUGGUUGUGCUGGGGCCCGCCAGCGGAGCCAAGCAGCUGCCCAAGCUGGCGGGGAGUCGGACGGGGCUGUAUGAGAGCAUCAUCGGCGGGGUGAAGCAGGGGAGUAAGGCGUCCGCGCCGGUGGUGCGGGGGGCGUCGGCGCUGUCGCGCGCGCGGAUGUGGGGAAGCUUCCGGGAGGUUGUUCUGGAUGUCCAGAAGAAUCAGGGUCGACAUGAUGGGCGUGUGAGACGCGACGAUGGGCUGGCCCAGGUUGACGAUGAAGGGUUACGGCGGAUUGUUGAUGCAGCUACGUAUGUCGACUUCAAGAGAGCGAUCGCCACUGCCACGAAACCCGGCCAGGCGCGGGCACGGGCUCUGCGAGAAGCGAAGACUGUCCUGGUUCCGUGGGUGCCGAAUGCCGGGGAUGGAGAUUGGGGGUUGGAUGAGUUGGUGGACCCGAAUCCGAAGAAGCGCAAACGGUGA